CUGAACCUUGACCGUUCGAGGCCAACUGCAAUAUAACCAAGAUGUUGGCGUUUCUUUGCUGUGUCGUUUUUCUCGUCUACGCGUUUCAUCGAUUGACCAUUGCUAAAACGAAAAGUUCGACAUGUCUAGUGGGCAAAACUGCAAUUGUCACGGGAGCAAACUCAGGUAUAGGGUACCAGACUGUCCUCAAUCUGGCUUCGAGGGGCUGCAGAGUGAUUAUGGCCGACGUUUGCGACUUAACACAAUCAAGAAACAACGUGAUUAAAUACACAAAUAAUACCAACAUUGUUGCAAAAAAACUAGACUUGGCUUCACUUCAAUCAAUUCGAGAUUUUGCCUCCGAAGUGGCAAAAACCGAGUCAAGAUUAGAUAUUUUGGUAAACAAUGCGGGAAUAAGUGCCUCGAAAUCAAACAGAACCGAAGACGGCUUAAAUCCAGUUAUGCAAAUUAAUUAUUUUGGACAUUUUUUAUUAACACAUUUAUUGAUUGAUUUAUUGAAAAAAUCGUCCAGUCGCAUAGUUUUCACCAGCUCUUUCAUGUCCUUUUUCCACAACUUGACCCUCAAAAACCUCAACUAUGACGCAACCCCUGACGAUUCCAUCACCGCAUUGCGAAUUUACUGCAACUCAAAACUGGCUCAAAUGAUCGCCUCGGACAUUUUUGCCUCAAAAUUGAGAGGAACGGGAGUUACCUCAAACUCCGUCAAUCCGGGAAUUGUUAGAACAACGCUUCUCGGACAGUUUUUUUCAGUUCAAACCAAACUGAAACCGCUGAGACUCUUCACAGACUUGUAUUUGCGCUUUAUGGCCAAGGACCCGUGGGAGGGAUCACAAGUCAUUGUGCACUGUGCUGUCUCCAAAAGAUUAGAGGGAGUGAGUGGGAAAUAUUUCUGGGAUUGUAUGUCCGCUUUCAAGCCUUCCCUGGCUAAGGAUGAAGAGUUUUGCCGGAAAUUUUGGGAGAAGUCCGAGAAAUUCGUGAAAUUGGCACCGGAAGAGAGACUUUAAUUUUUGUUACUUGAAAUAAAGUUUUUUACUGA